UCCAGGACAGGUGCUGUUUGCACCUCUGAGCUCGUGUGCCCCGCUGCCGGCCAGUGGCCAGGUGAGCCUCAUUUGGGCUGUAGUGCACGCGCUCGCCCGCUUCUCUCGGCCUCGGGGCAUUUGCACUUGCCCUCCUCCGCCUCCCUCCCUGGCUCUCCCAGACUUGUUCUCACCUGUCUCCCCGGCAGCCCGCCCAGAGCUGGCGAGAGCCUGUGUGGCCUUCUUGAUGUGGCCUGAGGGUGCCGUCUGCCUGCAGGUCCCGGAGCAGUCCUGCCCGCCAUGGACCCAGACCCCCAGGCAGGCGUGCAGGUGGGCAUGCGUGUGGUGCGCGGCGUGGACUGGAAGUGGGGCCAGCAGGAUGGCGGUGAGGGCGGCGUGGGCACGGUGGUGGAGCUUGGCCGCCACGGUAGCCCCUCGACCCCUGACCGCACGGUAGUCGUGCAGUGGGACCACGGCACUCGCACCAACUACCGCGCAGGCUACCAGGGCGCGCACGACCUGCUGCUGUACGACAACGCCCAGAUCGGCGUCCGCCACCCCAACAUCAUCUGUGACUGCUGCAAGAAGCACGGCUUGCGGGGCAUGCGCUGGAAGUGCCGCGUCUGCUUCGACUACGACCUGUGCACGCAGUGUUACAUGCACAACAAGCACGACCUCGCCCACGCCUUCGAGCGCUACGAGACGGCUCACUCUCGCCCGGUCACGCUGAGUCCCCGCCAGGGUCUCCCAAGGAUCCCGUUGAGGGGAAUCUUCCAGGGGGCGAAGGUGGUGCGGGGCCCUGACUGGGAGUGGGGCUCGCAGGACGGAGGGGAAGGGAAGCCAGGCCGAGUGGUGGACAUCCGUGGCUGGGACGUGGAGACGGGCCGGAGCGUGGCCAGUGUGACGUGGGCCGAUGGCACCACCAAUGUGUACCGUGUGGGCCACAAGGGCAAGGUGGACCUCAAGUGUGUGGGCGAGGCGGCUGGCGGCUUCUACUACAAGGAGCACCUCCCAAGGCUCGGCAAACCGGCGGAGCUGCGGCGCAGGGUGAGUGCUGACGGACAGCCUUUCCAGCACGGGGACAAGGUUAAGUGUCUGCUGGACACGGACAUCCUGAGGGAGCUGCAGGAAGGCCACGGCGGAUGGAACCCCAGGAUGGCGGAGUUUAUCGGACAGACGGGCACCGUGCACCGCAUCACGGACCGUGGGGAUGUGCGCGUGCAGUUCGGCCAUGAGACCCGCUGGACCUUCCACCCCGGGGCUCUCACCAAGCACAAUGCCUUCUGGGUGGGCGAUGUGGUGCGGGUCAUCGACGACCUUGACACAGUGAAGCGGCUGCAGGCCGGGCACGGCGAGUGGACGGACGACAUGGCCCCUGCCCUGGGCCGCAUCGGGAAGGUGGUGAAAGUUUUCAGAGAUGGUAACCUGCGCGUGGCGGUCGGUGGUCAGCUGUGGACCUUCAGCCCCUCCUGCCUGGUGGCCUACCGGCCCGAGGAGGAUGCCAACCUUGAUGUGGCCGAGCGCGCCAGGGAGAACAAAAGCUCCCUGAGUGUCGCCCUGGACAAGCUUCGAGCCCAGAAGAGUGACCUCGAGCACCCAGGGAGACUGGUGGUGGAGGUGGCCCUGGGCAGUAUGGCCGGGGCUCUGGACCUGCUGAGGAGGCACCCAGAGCAGGUGGACACCAAGAACCAGGGCAGGACUGCCCUGCAGGUGGCCGCCUACCUCGGCCAGGUAGAGCUGGUGCGGCUGCUGCUGCAGGCGCGGGCGGGCGCGGACCUGCCGGACGAGGAGGGCAACACGGCGCUGCACUACGCCGCCCUGGGGAACCAGCCGGAGGCUGCCCGGUUGCUCCUGAGCUCCGGGUGCGGGGCCAAUGCCCUGAACAGCACCCGGAGCGCAGCCCUGCACGUGGCCGUGCAGAGGGGCUUCCUGGAGGUGGUGAGGGUCCUCUGUGAACGCGGCUGUGAUGUCAACCUGCCUGACGGCCAUGCCGACACACCUCUGCACUGUGCCAUCUCGGCGGGUGCUGGCGCCAGUGGCAUCGUGGAGGUCCUGACUGAGGUGCCGGGCAUCGAUGUCACUGCCACUAACAGCCAGGGGUUCACCCUGCUGCACCACGCAUCCCUCAAGGGCCACACACUAGCUGUUAGGAGGAUUGUGGCUCGCGCGCGACAGCUGGUGGAUGCCAAGAAGGAGGAUGGCUUCACGGCCUUGCACCUGGCCGCCCUCAACAACCACCGGGAGGUGGCCCAGAUUCUCAUCCGAGAGGGCCGCUGUGAUGUGAACGUCCGCAACCGGAAGCUGCAGUCCCCACUGCACCUGGCCGUGCAGCAGGCGCACGUGGGGCUGGUGCCGCUGCUGGUGGACGCGGGCUGCAGCGUCAACGCCGAGGAUGAGGAGGGGGACACGGCCUUGCACGUGGCACUGCAGCGUCAUCAGCUGCUGCCCCUGGCGGCUGAUGGGGCCGGGGGGGACCCGGGGCCCUUGCAGCUCUUGUCCAGGCUACAGGCCUCGGGCCUCCCCGGCAGCGGGGAGCUGACGGUGGGCGCGGCCGUCGCAUGCUUCCUGGCGCUGGAGGGCGCCGACGUGAGCUACGCCAACCACCGCGGCCGGAGCCCGCUGGACCUGGCCGCCGAGGCCCGCGUGCUCAAGGCCCUGCAGGGCUGCGCGCAGCGCUUCCGGGAGCGGCACGCGGGCGGCAGCGGGGGCGCGGCACCGGGCCCGAGGCUGGUGCUCGGCACCCCCAACACCGUGACGAACCUGCACGUGGCCGCGCCGUCGGGGCCCGAGGCCGCCGAGUGCCUGGUGUGCUCGGAGCUAGCGCUGCUGGUGCUGUUCUCGCCGUGCCAGCACCGCACGGUGUGCGAGGAAUGUGCACGCAGGAUGAAGAAGUGCAUCAGGUGCCAGGUGGUCAUCGGCAAGAAGCUGCGUCCAGACGGCACGGAGGUGGCCAGCGCGACCCCGGCGCCCGGCCCGCCGCGGCAGCUGGUGGAGGAGCUGCAGAGCCGCUACCGGCAGAUGGAGGAGCGCAUCACCUGCCCCAUCUGCAUCGACAGCCACAUCCGCCUCGUGUUCCAGUGCGGCCAUGGCGCGUGCGCGCCCUGCGGCGCCGCGCUCAGCGCCUGCCCCAUUUGCCGCCAGCCCAUCCGCGACCGCAUCCAGAUCUUCGUGUAGCCCGCGCCCCCCCUCCAUCCCCCGCCUCGCCCGCCCCGCCACGUUCCGGAGCCACGUCCCGCCGUCGCCUACGCAAGCCCCCACCCGUGUUUUAUAAAAAGAUUGUCGG